AGCCUAUCUCCCCGGCAUUAUGUAUGGUUGGCUGUAAUCACAAGAUAAAUGCAAUGUGCUGAUCUAUGGUAAUGUUCAAUAAUACAUUCUCCGCCAGGCUCAAUUCAUCAGGGAGUUUCGGUAGGAGAGGCAUUCGUUAUUGGCUGUCUCUGCACCUCAAGGAUAACAUUCCUGUCCUUUUGAUUGGCUGCCUCACUGCUGCAAGAUUCCAACCGUCUUAUUUUGAUGAUGAAUAUGAAGGCACGCUAAGCCGGGCUGGAGCGGAGUGUCUGUGAGGCUGCGCUCUUUCCACAGCCCGAGGACUUGCAGCUGCCUGCUCUGCUCUCCCGGGCCAACAACCCCCCCCAAAAAAAGUUGUGAUGCUUUUCUUCACCCAGUGCUUUGGGGCUGUGUUAGAUCUCAUUCACCUCCGGUUUCAGCACUACAAGGCUAAGCGGGUUUUCUCCGCCGCCGGGCAACUUGUCUGCGUUGUCAACCCCACGCACAACCUAAAGUAUGUGUCCAGCCGACGCGCCGUCGCUCAGAGCACCGCAGAGCAAGGCAGCUUCCACUCUCACCAUCUCACCCACCAUCACCGCCAUCACCGCCACCGCCACCUGCGCCACCACGCCCACCCCCACCUCCUCCACCACCAGGAGGCAGGGCUGCACACUGCCCAGGUGACCCCCUGCAUGUGCCCCUUGUUCUCCUGCCAGUGGGAAGGCCACCUGGAGGUGGUGGUGCCGCACCUGCGGCAGAUCCACAGGGUCGACAUCCUGCAGGGAGCGGAGAUUGUCUUCCUGGCUACGGACAUGCACCUGCCGGCGCCAGCCGACUGGAUCAUCCUGCACUCCUGCCUCGGCCACCACUUCCUGCUGGUGCUAAGGAAACAGGAGAGGCACGAGGGGCACCCCCAGUUCUUCGCCACCAUGAUGCUGAUCGGGACCCCCACCCAGGCCGACUGCUUCACCUACCGCCUGGAGCUCAACAGGAACCACCGGCGUCUCAAGUGGGAGGCCACCCCCCGGUCUGUCCUUGAGUGCGUGGACUCCGUGAUCACCGACGGGGACUGCCUUGUCCUCAACACGUCGCUGGCCCAGCUCUUCUCUGACAAUGGCAGCCUUGCCAUCGGGAUCGCUAUCACGGCGACCGAGGUCCACGCGACGGAAACCGAGAUGUGAGGCUGGAGCCCCGGGACGCCCACACCCAGCCCCCGGUGAACUUUGCCUGUGCUCCUGGGACCGCCGGAGGCCAGGAUGCCACACUCCUUUUUAGUCUUCUCCUCCUUCUUUGCUUCUUUCUGUUCUUGUCUCAGGUACUUUGUGGUAUUUAGUAUUUGUCUGCCAUGGGGCAUUAUAUUCUGUAAACAUUGUGUGAUUUAAGAUCUUGGUGUGACGUUUGUCCUGUUCUGUUGUUAUAAUUUUAUAGAAUGUCUGUAAGGCUCAGUCAGAGUAGUUGUUUCCUGCCACCACCAAUUGCUUUCCAAAAUGGGCAAAAGCUACCCAGACCAUGAAGCAGAAUGCUGGGGUUGGAGGGAGACCUGGUGUCUGAGCCAUUUCUUCCUUCUUGGUUUGCUCUGUUUCAGAGAGAGCUCCAUCUGCAAUAGGUGAGGGCUGUGGGGUGGGGAGAGGGACCUGGCCAGCUCAGAGACAGAUCGUGCUUCAGACCAACUGGAUCCAACUCUGACACCCUCCCAGGAACCUCUGGACGAAGCCCAGCCUCACUGACUUGAGGAGACCAUCUCCUCCCCAGACAGCAGGGGGCGAGGCACAAUAAGUCCUCCGGGCUGAUCCCUGGGGUGCGGAAACUGGUCUGACAUUGAACCUCUUUACUUGGGCUCCCAUGGCCUUGUACUCAGGCUGUGCCAUCUUUCCCCUUUCUGGAAGCAAAGCCCUCAAGUGUUUGGUGCUUUCCUGAAAAGGCCUUUGCCCUCUGCUAAGCAAGAAGUAGACAAGGAUGGUGAACAUGCAGGGGAAGAGAGAAGGCAGAAAAAAAGAAAACCUAAAAAUUCUCUCACCUCCCGGAGGGCAUUCCCUGCUGAGAAUUUUACCAUCAGUUUCUAGAAUCGCCCAAGCCCCUUACUAGGGGAAGUCCUUAUGUAUCAAAGACCCACUUUGUUCUGGAUACUUCCUAAAUCAGAGCCAUGACGCCGCCUCCCACACGAGGAAGACAGAGGGCUGCCCCCAGGGCCUCAGACCUGCACGGCUGGCCCUGACCUCCACCCACCGGGAGCUCCGCUUUGCUAUCUCUGCUUUCUAAAAGGCUUGGAGCACCCCAUUCAGCACCUCACCUUCCCCAGUGGUCCGGGUGUGCAAGCAGCACCCUGUUGCACGUUGCACGACAAGGCCAGGGAAGUCUACAUUGCGCCCACGUCGUCUCUCAUUUGUUCAUCAAACAAUUCGUCAGCGUCUUACAGGAAUGUCUCGUGCAUUUGAAGCGAAUUCGCAUCUUUGAGUCAACUGUGUCUUUUCCUUUCUAAGUUGGGUGCCUUUAAGCCUCCCCAGGAGGACCUGUCCUCCCUCCUUUUGGGUGUGUCUGUUCCUCCGCUCCGGUCAUUCUCCAGACACCAUGAAAGUGUGUCACCCAAGGGCCGUGCCGUGCUCACUGGAAUCCAGUGGGCCUUCUGCCAACCAGAUGUUACUCUCUGUGGCCCCUGCCUCACCAGUCACCUCGGCUGGAUCCCAGCAGGCCUUCUAGGGAGCACUUAGUUUCAGGCAAAUGGCCUGGCCGGCCCUCAGCCAUCUUUUCUCCGCCAGACAUAUCAGAUCCUGAAACACGGCCCCCUUCCCCCAAUAACUGAGUAAUCCUCCAGCCGCUUCUGCUGCCAAGGAUACCCCCAAGCACCAGAAAGAAGGUGCCAGGCAAUAAAGGAUUUAAUAACACAGACCCUCUCGUCACACAUGAUUGUUGGGACCCUGAGACUUCAUUCUGCGAGAGUCCAGAGGGGGCAAUAGGCAUUGUGGCACAGGUUGAAGCAAAGCCAGCUUUGCAGGUCCCAGGAACAGUUGAAGCCUGCUUGUUCUGAGAGCGCUCAGACGUGGCCCAGGGCUCCAGCUGCUGCCCUUGAACCCCGUGGAUGCUCUGGAAUACUCGGGCUGGUUGUUCAGCACUGGGAGACACUGGCCCUCAUGGCUUCCCACUUUCUCCCCGGGCCUUGUCCAAAACCCAAGCCCUCGUUGGCCAUGAGUCUGAUCCUCCUGGAAGCUGCAACCUCUCCUGGAUUCCAGCACUCUGUAGUUUGGAAACCAUUUGUGUGACAUCGCAGGGGCCCCCAGAGAAGCAAACAAGACCUCACAAUCAGCAUCCACAGGGCCUUAACAUUCCUGCAGGCAUCACCUUUGCCUUUCAUGGUGCCAAAUGACCUGAGCCAAACUGGGACUGAAUUCCACUUAUUAGUAUUGCACCCAAGACUGUAUUAGGAAUAAAGGAUCCCAGGUAUGAACCUGUGUGUUGGUUAUUAGAAACUCUUAGGAUUAAGGGUUGGAAAAUGUGUUAUUUUCUUAUCCCUAUGGUGCUCCCAAGAAAGCCUUUCUCUUCAUAGCCACAUGUGAAGAAUUGAAGAAAAAAGAGGAACCAACAACAAUGGAGAAUAGACAAUGAUCAUCACAGAGUGUGUAUUGGGGCUCAUUAGUUCCCAAAGGGUUCUCCUACUUGAGUCUCAGGGUAAUCAUCAUUCGUAUCUUCAAUAACCUAAAAAAAAGUUCAGAGACAUGAAAUGACAUUCUCAAGGUCAUACAUCAAGAACGCAGUAUGAGUUCCCAAUGGUACUCCCACCUCUUCAGUGGAAUCUGGAUGUGAGAUUCAGCUGGGUCUUGGUUCUGGGGUCACUGGAGGAACAGAGAGAGAAAGACUGGAGUCUUUCUGGAUUUGCUGGAUUUGCUUUUAAAGGUGUCUGGUCAACCUGGAAGCAGGUCCCUUUGCCACUCACAGGCUGGGAUCUGGCUGCCUCAUUCACACCAAGGUGUGGAUUUAACAACUCACCUUCCAAGGAGUAUUUACAUUUUAUACUAAGGAGUAUUUAUAGUUUAAAAAGAUGUCUAGGGCCAGGUGUUAGGCACAGCAGUUAAGCUAAGCUACUACUUGUUUGGGAUUUCAUAUGGAGCACCUGGGUUCUAAUCCCAGCUCUACUUCGGAUUCCAAUUUUCUGCUCAUGUGCUCGCUAGGAGGCAGCACCUGAUGGUUCAGUACUUGGGUCUCUGCCAUCUACAUCAGAGACCAAGACUGAGUGCCAGGCUCCUGGUUUCUGACUAGUCCAGACCUAGCUCUUGUAAGAACUUGGGGAGUGAUCCAGCAGAUGGAAGAUCUCUCUGUCUCUGUCAUUUUCUGUCUCUCUGCCUUCAAAUAAAUGGAAAUAAAUAAAUAAAAAUUAAAAGGAUAUCUAAAGAGACAGAAGCACUUAGUAGUGAGAACUGAGUUUCCUGUACUUGAACAUCAGCAUCCGUGAGAAGCGAGAACAUUAUUAGGAGGCAUGGAGACAGGCAGCUUCCACCACUUGAGUCUGUGCCUACGUGAACGUCUGGUGCUGCAAGCUGUAUACAGAGAAGAUGUUGUUCAACAAUCAGUAUCCACGUGAGUCUGCACCUGGGCUGGACACCAUCACUGCUGUGGCUACAAUGACCCUCUUAGACAUGGAUCGGAAUGGUAACCCUAGUAGUGCUCAUGGCUGCCAUUUGAAUAUAAUCUCAUGGAAUCCCUCUAACAAGCUUAGGAAGCAGGUACUAUGUAUUGCACCAUGUUAUAGAUGAGAACCUUAAGCUUAGAGAGGUUAGAUAACUUGCUUAAGUUCACACAGCUAACAAAUGGCACAGCUGGGCCUGGAACCCAGCAGGUCUGGUUCCAAAGUCCAGGUGUCUGACCAACAUGUCAUUUCCAUGAAACUGUGGACCCACAGCUCAGAAGGAUCCAUCAUCAAGUCUGAAUGGCAUCAAGACCUUCUAGUACUUGAGUAUUACCUGUGCCCUUUUCUCCUCCUUUUCUCCCUCUUUCUUUAGCCCAAAAUCCAGUGGUGUAGCAGAAAUGGCUUAUAAUAUGGAAGCUUGAUUGUUAGGGUUUUUGCAAACAGAUUAUUAACUACAAUCAUUAUUUAAAAUUACAUUAUAUAAACUUAUAAUUAAGCCAAUCAUAUUUGAAGCAAAAAUAAAUACUCAAAACUCAUCCCUUUCAAAGGGGAUUUCACUAUUCGUUUUAUUUUCUAUCAUGUCUAUGAGAAACAUGUUAUAUAAUGAGGUGCCGAUAUACAAUCUUCCAAUGCCACAUUCAGUGAUGCCAUGGUGACAGCUUGAAAUUAGCCAUGAUGCUGGGAGUAUUUAUACCACAGAAAUUAGAAAAUGCCUCAUGCCAGGACUUUUCCUCCUUGAAAGCCAGUUGUUACACAUUUUCUCACGUGCCACUGCUUAGACAUUGCUGAUGCACACAACAGGAGGCAGGGGGGCAUUGCAAGAAGCAAGACCCUGAUGGCCACACUUGCAGGGCCACAGAUAACAGCCAGGAUGGCCAAACAACAACUUAUUGGGAAAACCCAAGCUGUAAGUGUGAGGACAUUCUAUUUGAUGGUUCUCGUGGAAAAAGCAUGGCUCCACACAACCUACCCUGUUGUCAAUCCCAAAAACAAAAACAAAUUGGACUCUUCCAUUACUCGGUCCCCCUGCUAUUUCUUUCUCACCAAAACCUACUCUAAAAUUUUUGGCCAAAACCUAAUCUACAGAAAUGCUUUACUUUGAAACUAGAAAUUGGAAAUAUCCAACAGUUGAAAAGACACAGUAAACAGUGGGCUCAAACCUCAUGUGGAGUUGUUACCAUGAAAGUGGAACCCUCAUGGAACAUGAAGUUGAAAGGCAGAAAAGGCAACGAGCUGAGGAAUGUCCCAUGAGGCAUGCAGUCUUCCUAUUUCACUCACGGCAACCCAGCAAGCACCCUGUUCACAACCUGUGGCCCACCCACGCCAACAUUCCUCCUAAAUCACGGGUGUGGUUCCCACCAGGAUGAAAGUCACAGGAAAUCCCAGGCCAAGUCCAUUGAAGCAGGCAGAACCUCCAAGGUCAACAGCAAAGCAGUUACUCUAAUCCCGGUGGUUUCAACCUAAGGAUGGCAGCCCUGAGACUUGUGGGAACUUCUACUUGGAUCCAACGUAUGGUGGGAAGGUUGGACCUUAAAGAGUUAGGCUUUGUUUAAAGUUUAGCUACAAAAGGCAUCCAGAGAGGAGUCUCCUAGUCAGAGUCUCAAAUUUUAGAUUUUUUGUUGUUGUUGUUCUGAAAAUUACCUUCAAGAUCUGGUGUUCACCUGGAGAAAACUCGGGUGGAGAAAAAUGUUACUGAAGAGUGAUCCAAGAGAUCUUUUGUAAAUAAGCAUUGAUUCUUCCCUCAGACCAGGUCAUCACAUGAGUUACCUACAUGGGUUUGUCUUUUCCUAUAUUGUAUGAAAAUAUUUCACCUUCAGUAUUAUACUAUAAUUAAGCCCCCAUGCUUUUUUGAUCUUUUCUUUGUAGGGUUUGGAGAUAUGGAAGAGAAAGGAAAUUGAGAGGCAUUGUAUUUAGCCUGAAUUGAUGUAUAUAGAAUUUUUUUAGGCUUUCUUAUGAUGUUAAAGACAGUAAGAAGAAGCAAUUUAGAAUGCUACUUUACCUUUAUUUCUACCCUGUCUCCCAUGGAAAAUGUCAUUAAAUUGCAUUUGAUAUUGUUUCCUUGAA